CUCAGUACACUAACAUCAUCUCUGACCUGCGCAGCGAGAUCCAGCGGCUCAAGAAUAAGAUCGCCGAUCAGGCUGGACGUCAGCUCAACUCUGACCGAGCUGACAUCCGCCAUGUCCAGGCGGAGGUGCAGGCCCACAGCACGCAGGCGAGCCGAGCAGAGAUGGACCAGCUGAGGGAGCAGCUCCUAGAGGCCUUCAGGAGUCAGAUGGAGAUCAGGAGGAGCCUGAUGGAGCUGGACAACAGCAACAUGGACAUCCAGAUGGACACCUCCAAACACCUGCUCACCAUCGCAGAUUGGGAGCAGGAGCGGAGUCGUUGUCGCAGGAAGUGGCGAGCAGAGAGGAGGAAGGAGAGCAGCAGUAAGGAGGAGAGUGAGAAGGUUUUUGACUGCCCUGAGUCACCCCCAGACAGCACUGAGACCCAGGAAGUAGCCAUGGCCAGAGAGAAAGUGGUCACUCUAAUUGCUGAACAGAACAAGAUACGCGAACAAAAGGCUUUACUGGAGCGCUGCUUCGUGGAGCUGCGGGAGCGUGCCAGGCGCCUGGAGGAGCUGCUCCCUUGCAGGGUGAGCUCUGAAGAGCAGAGGGAGGUGCUGGGCCUUCUCUGUAAGGUACACGAGCUGGAGAUUGAGAAUGCCGAGAUGCAGUCCCACGCCCUGCUCAAAGACAACGUGAUCCGGCAGAAGAACUUUGUGGUGCUGCGCUUCGAGCAGCACCGCCACCUCUGUGACGAGCUCAUCCAGCAGCAGAGGCGGUUUAUUGACGACCACAGACUCCUGGUGCCCCCCCACCUUCAGGAACUGUAUUGGAUGUACAUGAGAGAGCUGGAUGAGAGGAACCUGGACAGAUCCCUGGACAAGGUCAGCGGGAGCACACUCAAGGAGGGCUCCCUGCCCAAGAUCACUCUGCCCAGCCGAAGUCGUGACCCAGUGCAGGACGUGGACUCAGACCAGGAGAGCGUUCGCACCAUGGGCUCAGAGACCAGGCAUGGCCGGGCCAAGACCCGCAGACACACCCUGCCACCCAUUCUACCUGAACCCGAAGGAGACAACAACCAUGUGUUUAAGGGCAGUCCCCGAGCCAGGCAGAUGAAACAUUCUGCUGUGUUGACCCCUCCUCCCAUCCACAUCAGCGGCCAGGGAAACAGAGAGCUGCAGCCAUUGGCCCUAGAGACAACUCUGAACUACAGCCACCACAGUGUCAGCAGUCACCUGGACUCCUCCCCUGAGAGCAGCGAGACGGGCCAGGAUGUCCCCCUCACACGAAAGGAGAGGCAGCAGAUCCUCAAAGGGGUUCACAACAUUGCAGUGAAGGCUGCACGCCGCCGCUCCAAAGCCCUGGAAGUGGACGCCCUGCGACUGCCCCCUCCUCCCUCACCCCUGGACCCCAAGAAGCACAAGAGCAUCCUGUCUCCGAGUGAGGCGCCCCCUAGGGGUCUGGCCCUACUCCGCAGCCGGCAGCCCAGCCCCGAGCCCCGCCACGACACCUCAGAUGAAAACUUAUCCAGCAGCACGGGGGAGGGGCCUGUCUCCCAGGGCACCUGGACACGCCCACGUAAUCGCCAGCCGGCCUCCAAGAACCCAAACCUCUCCCUCCGCGAGCAGGACUUCGAGGCUCGCUCCCGGAAGAGACGCUCCCGCUCGUUCGAGGUCACAGGUCAAGCACUGUAUCAGUCUAAGACAACGGCAACCCAGCGUAUACGCCCGUUGGACAGCACGUCAGACCCCCACCUCCACAUCAACGGGAAGCCCCAGGCCCCCCUUUUACGUCCCCAGCACAGGGGGGUCCCUUCUCUCACCAAAGUCCGGCUGCCACACAACAACCACCAAACAGGCCCCAUCACAGAGUCCUCCCCAGUCCACCUGAGCAACCUGAAGCGUGUGUCUCAGCUGCGCCAGCCCAUGCUCUACACCACGGGCAACGGAAGUCAGCGCACCCGCAGGCACUGAGGGCCUAAAGGCCUACUUCUCCUGGGUUAUGUUCAUUAGGGCAUAGAAUGGACAUUUUUGCAAUGGAAAACAAAAAUGAGUCCAGGUAGUCCCUUCCUGUUUUCUUCAGUUUGGUGCCUAAUGAUCAUGACCCAGGGUUUUCUUACACAGGACUUCCCAAUACCAGCACUACCCUGACCAGCUACCCUGAGAAUGUUGACUGGACUAGAUGGACUGGACUGGAGAAAGCUGGACCUCCAAUCUCCACCUUCAUGCUCCUGAUUGACCCACAGCCCAGUGGGGCCUUGAGCCCCCUUUUGUCCUCUGGCCUGUGACCUCUGACCUGUGACUUCCACACUGGCUGUACAUUGAACCCAGAGACCUAGCUUUUCCUCGUGCUGAUCACUAGUAAGUAAGGUGGAUGAUGCCCUAAGACCUCACCAUCACAGACCCCAAAGAUCUUCUGUCUAUGACUUUUACUCUUCUGUCUGUAACUUUGUCUUAAAUGGCGCCCAAGUUCUAUAUAGUGCACUACUUUUGACCUGGCCCUGGACAAACGUAGUGCACUAUAUAAGGAAUAGGGUGCCAUUUCAGACACAGACUGUGACUGUUUUCUCUGCUCCUCGUUUCCCUGCUCAAGUGGUCCUGUGAUUGACAGUCCAGUGGCCACCACUAACCGCUACUAUCGCCCUGUACACAUUCCGGUUCUACAGAUGAUUUGGCACGGUUGUGAUACUAAAGAAUUUUUCUACAUACAAAUAAUUACAAAAGCCUUGUGGACACACUGCAUAAUAGUUGUUUCUUCUCUCUUCUUUAUGAACACGUUUUAUAAAUAAAUAUAUUCUUUCUACAGCUUAUCAGCGUACACCCAAUAUGUUCCCCCUGUUGAUGAUGCUUAUUAUUCAUUAUGGUUGAACUAAAAGAUUAUAUGCAACAAAAAUGUCAUUCAAUUGGAAACAAUGAAAUAUAUAUGUAAAAUGUAAUUAAACAAUAAUGAAUGUUGAUGCUAAUAUUAUGUAUAAUGUAUGAUAACAAUAGCCUAAUGUAUUCUAUAUGCUGUAAACUAUUGUCUUUUAACAGUUUCACUCAAUUCAUUCUAAUUUACUUAAUAAUUAUGACACACCCCUCACUAUUGUCAUUGGUUGCACUAAUUCCACUGUUUGUCUACAUAACCUGGUUCAAGCAUUCAUGACGUUAAACGUUAAAUAAAUAAAUUACUGGGAGUUUAAAUAUUCAGUGUCUUCGGAAAGUUUUCAGACAUCUUGACUUUUUCCACAUUUUGUUAUGUUACAGCCUUAUUCUAAGAUGUAUUAAAUCGUUUUUUUCCCUCAUCAAUCUACACACAAUACCCCAUAAUCACAAAGGAAAAACAGGUUCAUUGGGUAUGACGCUAUAAGCUUGGCACAUUUGUAUUUGGGGACUUUCUCCCAUUCUUCUCUGCAGAUCCUCUCAAGCUCUGUCAGGUUAGAUGGGGAGCUACGCUGAACAGCUAUAUUCAGGUCUCUCCAGAGAUGUUCGAUCGGGUUCAGGUCCGGGCUCUGGCUGGGCCCCUCAAGGACAUUCAGAGACUUGUACCGAAGCCACUCCUGCAUUGUUUUGCCUGUGUGCUUAGGGUCGUUGUCCUCUUUGCCCCAGUCUGAGGUCCUGAGCACUCUGGAGCAGGUUUUCAUCAUGGAUCUCUUUGCUCUGUUCAUCUUUGCCUCGAUCCUGACUUGUCUCCCAGUCCCUGCCACUGAGAAACAUCUCCACAGCAUGAUAAUACCACCACCAUGCUUCACCGUAGGGAUGGUGCCAGGUUUCCUCCAGAUGUGAUGCUUGACAUUCAGGCCAAAUAGUUUAAUCUUGGUUUCAUCAGACCAGAGAAUCUUGUUUCUCAUGGUCUGAGAGUCUAUUGAUGCCUUUUGGUAAACUCCAAGCAGGCUGUCAUGUACCUUUUACUGAGGAAUGGCUUCCGUCUGGCCACUCUCUCAGAAAGGCCUGAUUGGUGAAGUGCUGCUGAGAUGGUUGUCCUUCUGGAAGGUUCUCCCAUCUCCACAGAGGAACUAUAGAGCUCUGUCAGUGACCAUCAGGUUCUUGGUCACCUCCCUGACCAAGGCCUUU